AUGUCUGUCUCUGUAUUCUUUGAUCUCUCGGAACUACCUUGGAACAUUUCUGUUAAUCAGUAUGAAAAGUUUGUAGAUAUCAAUCAUUUACCAUCAGAUAAUUACCAAAAGAGAUUUGUAGAUAUUCCUGUUGCAACACAAAUAGACUUUUCUCCUCUUUUCCUACACAACCUAAAUUGUUGUUUACCAAUUUUCCCUCUUCAUUAUAAUCCACUUCACAAGAUUGAGAAACUUAAUAGAGAGACACAUCUAAUUGAAUACAAAGGUACAGAUAUCCUCUGGGUAAGAGAUAUAGCACAAAAGCCUGGAAGUCAGAAUGCCGAGUUUGUUAGACAGGUUUCAAAUUGGAAUGAUCAGAACAACCUUGGAGUUGUUUGUAGUGCAAGAUCAGAGUUUCGACUAUUACAAAUAAAUGCACAUUAUCGUCCUGAUGUAGCAUUCAAAACUCAUGCUAUAUAUAAUCUUGACCCCCCAAAUAUUCAAAAUAAUCAUCAUUCAAUAUAA